AUGUCGCUGCGAGAGACGGCACCGAACGAGUCGGCCGGCCAUGGCCAUGGCCAGAAGACACCCUCCGAGAAAGACACGGAUGCAGAGCUGGAAACGAGCGUCGACAGCGCGAAGGAGACCGACAACUUGCCGCGUGUAGAGGCUGAGGCUGAGGCGGCAGACAAGUACCCGCACGGCGGACGGCUGGUGGUGAUCAUGGCAGCUCUUUGCAGUGCCAUGUUCCUUACUGCUCUCGAUCAGACGAUCAUUGGCACGGCCAUUCCCAGGAUAACAGACGAAUUCCAUGGUCUUGACAAGGUAUCGUGGUAUGCAUCAGCGUACUUCAUGACCUUCGGCGGCUCGCAGCCGUCAUGGGGCAAGGUGUACCGCUACCUGCCGCUCAAGAUGACCUAUCUGGUGUCCCUGUUCAUCUUCGAGUUGGGCAGCCUGAUCUGCGGCGUGGCGCCCUCGGCCAACGCGCUGAUCGUGGGCCGGGCGCUGGCCGGGCUGGGCGGUGCUGGCCUCGCGACUGGAGUCCUAACCAUCAUCGCCUUCUCAGCGCCGUCCGAGAUGCGGCCCAUGCUGAUCGGCAUCAACGGCUCCAUGUACGGCAUCGCGUCUGUGUGCGGGCCGCUUCUCGGCGGCGUAUUUACUCACAAGGUCACCUGGCGCUGGUGCUUCUACAUCAAUCUGCCAAUUGGCGGCGUCGCUGCCAUCGCCAUCGUCUUCUUCCUGAAGCCCCCCAGCGCCGCCAAGCCGGUCAAAACCACCCUUGCAGAGAAGCUGUUGCAACUAGACCCGGCGGGGAUCGCCCUCUGCAUGGGGCUGAUCGUAUCGUAUGGCCUAGCACUCGAGUACGGCGGGCAGAGCAGAGCGUGGAAUAGCAGCACCGUCAUCGGCCUGCUGGUAGGCUUCGUCCUCAUCGGCGCCGCAUUCGCCGCCUGGGAGAUAUACCAGAGCGACCGGGCCAUGCUCCCGCGCCGCAUCCUCUCGCAGCGCAAGGUCUGGUCCUGCAGCCUGUACGCCUUCGUCCUGGCCGGCUCGUACUUCAUCUCGCUCUACUACCUGCCCAUCUACUUCCAGAGCAUCCAGAACGUCAACGCGCUCGUCUCGGGCGUCCACAACCUCCCCGCCGUCAUCAGCAUCGUCUUCUCCACCAUCGGGGCGGGCGCGAUCGUCUCCAAGACGGGCCACGCGAUACCCGUCGCGGCGGUUGGCUCGGUGCUUGCCACCGUAGGCGCCGGCCUCUUCUAUACCUUAGACGAAGGCACCUCGAUUGGGAAGUGGAUCGGAUAUCAGAUCAUCGCCAGUUUGGGAUGGGGCCUUUCGUAUCAGAUGCCCAACAUGAUAGGCCAGUCCGGAACCCCGGACAGCGACCUUUCGACUGUCAACGGUAUUAUUCUCUUCUUUCAAGUUCUGGGAGGUAGCUUCGGUAUAACCGCCUCACAGAGCGGUUUCAACAACCAGCUGAUUCGCACAGCGGCCACUACUGCCCCGACAGUCAGCGCGGCGGCACUCCUCGGGACGGGCGCCACCGAUAUUCACACCGCCUUCUCCGCCAACCAGAUUCCCGGCAUUGUGCUGGCAUACUUGGCCGGCCUCCGCGUGGUGUGGGCCAUUACCAUCAGCUUGGCCGGGGUCUCGCUUCUUGUCACGGCGGCCGUCAGCUGGAAGAGGCUCCAUGGCGUGACUGCGGGCGGUGCGGUGGCCUGA